ACAGACUUAAAACUUCUGGAAACGUCAGUGCCUUCUUUUAACACCACCUCCUGCUGAUUUAGAGGCGUAUUUAAUCUCCAAACACUCAUUGAUUUGAGCCGUGAUUGUCGGAGCGCAGCAGUGAACAUCUUGCUGCGGUUCUUCAUCUUUGAGCGGUCAGCCCGGAAGACUGUCCAGGCGACGAUGUUGCGGUAAAACAAGUGGAGUUUCCUGUCCAGCAGCAGGAAUGCCAGGUGGAGAGUACGGGGAGCUCGGGGGCAGCAUCCCUGCCAUCGCCUCCCUCAACGCCUCCUACUCCACAUCGCUGUCCAUCCCUUCGCCAUACAUGCUGGUGCCACCUGCAGAGCGAAAGGUCAUCUCCGAUGUCCGCCGCACCUUCUGCCUCUUCGUCACGUUCGACCUCCUCUUCAUCUCGCUUCUCUGGAUUAUCGAGCUGAACAUCUCCAGCACAAUCUGGGACAGCUUGGAAAAUGAGGUCGUCCAUUACAACUUCAGGUCUUCCUUCUUCGACAUCUUUCUCCUCGCCUUGUUUCGUUUCCUGUGUCUGCAAGUUGGUUAUGCUGCCUUUCGGUUGAAGCACUGGUGGGUCAUCGCGGUUACAACACUGGUGACCAGCGUCUUCCUCGUUGUUAAGGUCAUCGUGUCUAAUCAGCUCCUGUCCCAGAAUGCCUUUGGCUACGUUCUACCCAUCACCUCGUUCGUGGUGGCCUGGUUGGAAACCUGGUUCCUUGACUUCAAGGUUCUCACUCAGGAGGCCGACGAUGAAAGAGCCUACUUGGCGGCGGUGAACGCAGCCUGCGAACGGGCCCCGAUGAUCUACCCUCGAGCUGUUUCAGACGGACAAUUCUACUCUCCACCUGAAUCCGUCGCAGGGUCUGACGAGGAUCUGGACGAGGAGGGACUCGGUCGCAAAGCCGUCACUGCUCAGGAGAAGGAGUACGUCAGACAGGGCCGCGAGGCGAUGUCGGUGGUCGAACAGAUCCUCACCCAGGAGGAAAACUGGAAGUUCGAAAAGAACAGCGACAUGGGAGAUUCUGUGUACACUCUGGAGAUUCCCUACCACGGAAAGACUUUCAUUCUCAAGGCCUUAAUGCAGUGUCCUGCUGAGCUCGUGUAUCAGGAAGUGAUUCUUCAGCCAGAGAAGAUGGUUCAGUGGAACAAAACUGUUUCUGUCUGCCAGAUCCUUCAGAGGAUCGAUGACAACACUCUGGUGUCAUAUGAUGUUUCCUCUGGUGCAGCAGGCGGAGUUGUGUCUGCGAGGGACUUUGUUAACGUUCGGCGAGUGGAGCGCAAACGAGACUGUUACCUGUCUGCUGGCAUGGCAACCGACCAUGACGCCAAGCCUCCGUGCGGCCGCUAUGUCAGGGGAGAAAAUGGACCUGGAGGAUUUGUGGUCCUCAAAUCCAGCAGCAACCCGUCCAUCUGCACCUUCAUCUGGGUCCUCAACACAGACUUGAAGGGCCGCCUGCCUCGCUACCUCAUCCACCAGAGUCUGGCCGCCACCAUGUUUGAAUUCAUGUCGCAUUUACGCCAACGUAUCGCCGACCUGCGUCCCUCUCUGCGCUCCCACCACCACCCCCGCCACCACCACCAUGUUUAAAGAGAUUUUAAACAGUGCCGCAGCCGGUUGGGAAGUGUCACUACUGGUUUUUUUUUAGUUUUGGUUUUGGUUUUGGAUGCUCGAAAACGGCCGCUUGAUGCUUCCUCAGCUGAAGGGAAGAGACGACUGCACUCCUCGGAGCAGGAGACGUGACACAUUUCAGACAAGAAGAGACGAGGAAUCCUAAAAGACUUUCCUCCUUAUCGUGAAACUACACUUUUUAAAAGCGAGAUCACGUGCAUAUUUUCGCGUUGGACCUGUAUCUGUUUUGCGGUGAGAACUUUAUUGAAGACUUGGAUGAAAAUGGAGCCACUUCUGACUGCAGCAUCUGUCUGAAUCGUUUCAAAAAAAAAACUGCACGUCCGAAGCAGCUGUUUCUCUGAGCCUUAUCUCGCUGCCACCGAUCUGCUGCUUUUCCAUUUAGAUUAUUACGUAUUCUUGAGUUUUCACUGCACCCGCCCUGCCCACACUUCACAGCCAUAUUUUAAUUUGAAUGGGUAAAAGCUGUAACCACACUGUUUAUUCUCCUCUACUACACUGUGAUGGAUGGAGGAGGCGCUCUGCUGUCUGAUCACCACUGGAGGAAGACACCACUGAGCCUCACAGUGAAAAAAGCGUCUGGUUUGAGGCCUCGGUGCAAAAAUCUACCAUUUAACCAAGUAUUACUGUGGGUUUUAAAUACUGCUUUGUUUUGCACUUUGGGAUCAGACAGAAGAUCGAACCAGGACGCACAUUAGCCUGAUGAUUAUGUUCAUAAAUUAGGACGCGGUUUGCUUCAAAAAGCUCUCUUUUGUGCCAGUAACCUCAAGUGGCCUUGUGGUAAAAUAGCUGAGCUCAUUAUUUGUCAUCAAACGCUAUUACUGUACUGAUGUAAUUACCAUUAUCUCCAACACUGGCCCCCAAUCAGGCCCUGCCAUGCUUCUCCGAAUGAAGUUUUGGUUUCAUUUCUUCCAUUUAUGGAGCCUUUCAUAGUUUAAAUCAUGCCUCCAGCUUAGGUUUUGUAUUAAAUUCUGCAUAUCAGCGCAAUGUACCUCAAGAAAAUCAUGGUUUAUAAACGCAAAGUGGUUCAAAUUACUGUAGAGACAGUCGGCCUUUCUUGUGCUUUCCAAGAGAACUCGGUUCAUUCUUUAAAGGACCGUGUUUUAGCUGCGAAAUCCACAUGGCCUUGAGGAAUUUUUCCUGUGGAUUUUUUGUCUUCAUUAAGCCCAAAACACACAGAUAACCAGGAUCAUUUAUCAGGACUGAUUUUAUCUACUCACUGUACAGAAGGAAUGUCGGAUGAAAAUAACUAAUGAUAUCAAUAGUUCUGUGCCUUUAUCGCAUUAACAUUACACAUCAGCCUUUUCUUUUGCUUUAUUACAUGCUCUUAAAUCUGUGCUUAAAGCCUUGAAAUGAAGGUGUUCUACAUGCAUAUGAAGCCUGCUUAGAGUUUUUAAGUUACCGUUUUCUUUAGUAGUUUUUGAGUGUAAGUCAUUCGUCACAUGUUAAUUUAAAGCCAUCACCACUGACCAACAGUUUUUACUGAGUCUUAACCAGUGUCUUAUGUCUAAUAAAAAAUGAAUUUACAGUGUCA